AUGGAGGGUGGAUUCUCGCUAGCUCACUCCUAUGGCGGAACACCCGUGCCCUGGAGACUGCCGGGCUUGGUAUAUGCCGAUGAUAUUGUUCUAAUGGCUGACAAUGUGGGAGACCUGCAGCAUCUCGUCUCACUAUCGGCAAAUCACCUGAGCAAACUCGGAUUGCGCUUCAACGCCAAGAAAUCAGCGGUGCUGGUGUUCGCAGGCACGGACACAUCUGCGGUGGUGUCGCUGCCGGAGGACAUCCACGAGGAAAACAUCCGUCAGACAUCACGCAAAGCGGCGAACGUGUUGCGCAAGCGAAGUCUCUGGGGCUGCAACCGCUUCCUGCUGGCAUCUCUGGCGGCGGCGUACAAGUUGAAGUUCACGUGGCACAAGUACACAAGGAUACAGCUAUCGAUCAUGCCUCUAUUGAAGAUAUGGAGUGCGGAUCACACAAUAAAAAAGAUGAUCACCGCUGAAACAAUGGCUGAUGUUAUUGAGAAAGCAAAGGAAUACGGGAUCUGCAACUCAUGCAGUGCAAAGGUGUUUCUUGUUGAUUGGAUGGAACUUGAGGAAACAGUGUUCCAAGAAGUUGUUGCUCAGCUACCAAUGGACCAGAGGAUUUUCAUUGUUGCAGAAAUUGUGCCACCUGCAAGUCCUCCUGUGCAAGACGUCCCAGAAUCAAACAGUGCACCUGUACGAGAGCCAACCAGUGACAUCAACAUCCAUGUAUCGACAGAGAAGCUUCCCAAAGAUCUUCAGGGUGCAUUGAGUACAGCAGCAUCUCCUCUUCACCCUGAGCAUCGAAGGGAACUAGUCCGUUGUGUUGUUGAUCAAAUGUUAGCUGUGUGCUCUAGGCGAAGAAGAGAACUGAUUAGGAGUGUGGCUGAGGAAAUAGUCAAGGCAUACUCAGCUACUCUUGAAGAUAGGAGCAUCAAUGGCUCCUUGCUUCGCCGUGGCUACGACUCAUUUUUUCAACAACUUGAGGCAAGAGUAGAAAAUAUUCAUCAAUGCAAGCGAGGAAUCCCAUCAUCGACUCCUGUGUCGACGCAGAAGAGCGCAAAGAUGUCGUACGGCUGCAUGAAUUGGCAGCCGCGGCCGGUUUUACACACUGAUGAGCUUGAUGAGAAGCAGCAAUUUCUUCAGCGUGAAGUGUGGAAAAGUCCAAAGGACAUGGAUUUGUCUUUGGCCAUGGUGUACAUGGAAGAUACAUAUGGAGCACAACGGCAAUUCAUAAACAGUGGGAGUCCUGUGCACCAUGCUACAGAAAUCAAGAGAGAGUGGCCACUGUUGCUUCACCGUCCCUUCUUCUACAAGCACGUUGCACAACUUCUUGGAAAGGUUGCCAAGGUAUGA